CGGCUCAUUUGCCUCGUUCUUUUUUGGGUAAAAUCUAAAAUAAUAAAACAGAAAAAACCCAAAUUUUUUUCGCCUCCACAAUUCUUUGCGCCUCAGCCCCUCCGCUGCCAUCUCCCUCCACCGGAUCUGUUUGAUUCAUUUUUCUGCUCAUAUACAUACAAACAAUACGUACACCCCUCCCCGUACUGCUUACUCAUUCAUAUAUACGCACAUAUUGACUGCUGUUGGUGGGCUGUAAUUUCUUGGAGAGCCAAUCGAUCAUUCUCUUUCAUUUGAAGCACAGAGAAAAGAUUAGAAUGGAUUUGGACCAGUGGAUUACAAAAGUGAAAGAUGGGCAGCACUUGUCUGAGGAUGAGCUCCAGCUCCUUUGUGAAUACGUAAAGGAGAUUCUAAUUGAGGAGUCAAAUGUCCAGCCUGUCAACAGUCCUGUCACAGUUUGUGGCGAUAUCCAUGGACAAUUUCAUGAUUUAAUGAAACUUUUCCAGACUGGUGGUCAUGUACCAGAAACAAAUUACAUAUUUAUGGGAGAUUUUGUUGAUCGUGGUUAUAAUAGUUUAGAAGUUUUCACGAUCCUUUUGCUUCUCAAAGCAAGAUACCCUGCUAACAUCACUCUCCUACGUGGAAAUCAUGAAAGCAGACAACUAACUCAGGUUUAUGGGUUCUAUGAUGAGUGCCAAAGAAAGUAUGGGAAUGCAAAUGCAUGGCGAUAUUGCACAGAUGUCUUUGACUAUCUAACACUAUCAGCAAUUAUUGAUGGCACGGUACUAUGUGUGCACGGUGGCCUAUCCCCAGAUAUUAGAACCAUUGAUCAGAUUCGAGUAAUUGAAAGGAACUGUGAGAUUCCCCAUGAAGGGCCCUUCUGUGACUUGAUGUGGAGUGAUCCUGAAGAUAUCGAGACGUGGGCUGUUAGUCCUCGAGGAGCAGGCUGGCUUUUUGGUUCCAGGGUUACAUCUGAGUUCAACCAUAUUAACAAACUUGAUCUAGUUUGUCGGGCACACCAACUUGUUCAAGAAGGCCUGAAGUACAUGUUUCAGGAUAAAGGACUAGUGACUGUGUGGUCUGCACCAAAUUAUUGUUAUCGAUGUGGAAAUGUGGCAUCAAUAUUAAGCUUCAAUGAGAAUAUGGAGCGAGAGGUGAAGUUUUUCACAGAGACUGAAGAGAACAACCAAAUGCGUGGACCAAGAACCGGAGUUCCUUAUUUUCUUUGAUUGAGUUUGCUUCAUUUAGAAUAUGAUUUUGGUGCUUCUGUUAAGACUUUGUGCUGCUUUUUUUGUUUUUUUUUUUUUUAACAUAGUUCUUGAUAUGUAUCACCCCUUGUCUUUAGUAGGAUUUGUGUUUGUUGUCUUUUCACGCAUUUAAAAAGAUCUAUUGUUUAGACAAAAGUGGUUAUGCUCGAACUCAUU